AUGACUUCUGCAAAGAAGGUAACCGAGAAGCGGCAUAACCCAGUAGAAAGCAUUUGCAGAAAAAUCAGAGCCAUUCAAAAAGGAGACGCAAUUUCAAAUCCGAUUCGACAAAUUAUCAAAUACCAGUCUAGCAGUUUUGAUAGUCCACAAACUAAUGCCAAGAAAAACUUUGAGGAGGUGCUGAGGAAGAUGACUGCUGCUCACAUUCCUGUGCGGGACUCUCCUUUUUCAAGUUCUGAGAAAGUGGCUGCCUUCAUUUCAUCCCCUGAAAUAGCAUCUGCAAGAACCCCAUCCAUCUCUCACCUGUACUCUCCCAAGAAUGCCACAUACACUGUUGGUCUCACUAGUUCUGAAAACAUUGCAAGGCUGAGAUCACAGAACAACCAGUGUGAUACAUCYUUGAUACCACAGAUCCUAGCAGGGGAUUUCUUCUCUACCAAGGAUUGGAAUAACUACUGUAGUGGAAAUAACAAUUGUACCUUAAUGCUUGACCAUGAUUCUGCCUCUGCUCAAAGCUCUCAGUUUUUUACUAAGGAUUCAGUGGUGAGAAAAUUAUCUCUGAAUGAUGAUGGAUGGAAACCAGGAGCUGAUGAUGGCCAAGAUGUAAUGCACAGCACCACUAGGGACUGGGAGGAACAGUUGCUCACUGGAAUCUUCCAUGCAUGUGACACCAAAUGCAGAGGCUCAGUAGAAGUGAGCAAAAUAAUAGAUUACCUGCGACAAACAGCUAGCCAAGAUUCUGAAGACACUAGCCUUGAAGAGUUGUGGAACAUGCUUGAUCCUGAAAGGAGAGACCCACAUGUGGAUCUGGAAACCUUCCAAACCAUCGUGAAAGAAUGGAUGGCUUUCAGUGCAAACAAAUGGGGAGAAGUGAAAAGCAGAUUGAGUAGCAUCAUGGAUGACUCUGUUUUUGAACAACAGGGCAGCACAAAAUCAGUUAAGACGACCAGUGAUACAAUAGAUUCCACACCUGGAAGCUUUGAGGCUCUGGGUGGAGACUUGUCUAAUGGAGUUUUAGAGAUGUCUGAUUUCAUCACCUACGUAGCAGACCUACAUUUCAACAAACAGAAAUUGGAAGAGGAAAAUCACAGGGUUAAGUUGGCAUUAGAAACCUUGGAAGAAGCUAACAACCAGUUAGCAGAUGAUUGCUCUGAAUUGCGCCUUCAGAUAAAAAGUGCCCACCAAGCUAUUAUGAGAACAAGUCGGUUAAAAGAAGAACUGGAGGAACUGAAAAUUAGUAUGAAUGCUUCAGAAGAGGAGAAGGCCUUAAUUUUAGCCCAGAAAAAACAAUUAGAGACAGAAAACCAGGCUCUGAUUCUUAAGAUUAAGAUUCUACAGGAAGAGAAUAUUAAGAACAUGAUAGAUAUGGAUAAACUGGAAAAGAAGAUUGAGGAAUUAUCUAAAAUUGAGACAGAGCAUCAAAUGCAAUUGCACACAUACGAAAAUAUGUUGCUUAAUAAAGAUGCAACUAUGCAGAAGAAGAAUUUAAGCAUAGAAGAGCUGAAGUUGACCAUCACAGAGUAUAGAAGUGUGAUAGAGAAUUUACAAGGUGAUAAAAAUAAACUGGCUCAAGAGUUAGAGCACUUGCAGCAAGAACUUGUCCUAAAUGGGAUCCAGCUGAAUGUCAGUGGAGAGCACAAUGAGGUGGUCUCUGAAGGACAAAAAUCUUUACAUUAUGAGCUCAUUCUAGCUCAGUCUGCAGAGAAUAAUGACACUGAGUGGCAGUGCAGUGUGCCCAGCUUGUCGGCUCUGGACACAGUGAUAGACCAAGGAAUGCUGCUGGUCCUAACAGAGGCUGAACAAAAGGGAGUGGAGUUCACAGCUGCACUUCAGAAGCUGCAAGAAGAAGUCUCUGACAUUGGAACCUUCCUUCACAGCUCCCUGCUGUGGGUAACUAAUCCAGAAAUUACUGCAAAAGAAAAGUGGGCAAAGCAGCUUGCUGAAUUCAAACACAUUAUGGAAGAGAAGCUAAAUCUUUGCAUAUUUAUGCUGAAAAGCUUGAGAAAUCACAAAGAAUAUCUUGAUAAAGUAUUUGUCAAAUUAAUAGAGACUUUGAAGAAAUUCAGGCUGGACUAUUUUUAUUUCAGAAAAGAAUUUCUUUCCAGUCAGAAACAACUAGGAGCCAUCAAACAGCUGCAAGAAGAUGCUGUCAACCAGGAAGUCAUCCUCAGGCAGAAGCUCCUGGAAGCUAGCCAACGUCUGGAGGAUGCAGAGGAGCAGGUAGGGUGGACCUGA